ACCUGGAUUUCACUACUCAAAGCAAAAUUGUUUUGAGGCUUGGUCCUUGAAAUGAAUGUUGCCCUGCUUUUUCAUUACCGCACGCCUCCCGACUUCAUGUCGGGCAUUGUCUUACUCUGAAUGCUUCGCCCUUCAGCUACAAACUCUCCAUGCCCGUCUAACCCCCUCUGUCUACUCGUUCUAACUCAUUCGUCAUCAUGGUCUUCUCACUCGCCUCGCCCUCUUGCUGCCCUUGUCGUCCCCGGCCUCUUCGCCACUAUCAACGCCCGCCAGCCGGAAACAGGAAACAACACCAUCCAAGGAAGGGAUUACUAUGGUUCUUAUGCUCCAUGGAAGCCGUCUUGGACCUGGCCAGGAACGGACAAGCAUUGUCCAACAGAUGUUCCAGAGUACUGUCCCUGCCUAGACGACGUACAUCCGUACAGCCCGUCUGUGGAUUUGAAUGCCCCUCCCAAUGGCCCUUAUAACAAGUGUACCUGGGAGCCUGUAUUCGUCGACAGGUAUGACCGGAAAGGCUGGAAGCCCGGCAAGCGUAACCCAUUCUCCUGCGGAUAUGUCGACAAGGUGACCUAUGAGAUUGACUGCAAGGACCUUUGCUUGGCCCACGACAAUUGCAACUCUUGCCAAGUCUAUACGCUUGAGGAAGCGGCCGAGCAGUUUAUUUGCGCGCUCUUCGAGGAAAUUGUUGAUGUCACGACGUGGGAGGACGACUGUGAGGAUGAUUGGGUCGACGAUUGGGUGUAUUUUAGCUCAUCGUACUGGAAC